ACUCUUGAUUAAAGAAUGAUUUUAUUAUUUUGCUAUUACUUUUGCAAUUGUUAUAAUAAGAAAUAAACAAAUAUGUGUUGUAAGUUGUAUCUUACAAGGCCAAAGUCACACAGAAUGAUUGGCAAUCUAUAAUGCAAAAUAAUGUUUAAAUUAAGACUACUACCAUUGAGACCUCAAAGGCUUAGAUAUUUUCAAAAGACUUUCUAUUGUGAUAAUCCAAAUGCCGCAGAAGAGGAAAAAGAAAAAGAGAUUGAAAAAAUAAAACAAAAUGCGUCCAUUGAUGAGCCUCCAACAGCGUGUUGUCGCUCUGGAUGUGCUAACUGUGUCUUCAUUGUGUGGGCGGAAGCAUUAACUUCAAAGUUAGAACAUGCUGGACCAGAAAUUAUAGAUAAAAUAUUGAAGACUGUAGAUGAUCCUUCGAUGCGAGCCUUUUUAGAAAUGGAGUUAAGGAUGCGAUUAAAGAAAUAGUGUGUUUUUAUUGCAAUGUAUGAAAUAUAGUUUAUGUAUAUAUAGUCUUAGGACAAAAAAUAUAUAAAUAAUACAAAUUUUUGUUAAUAAGUAAAAA